AUGGAAAAUAAGUAUGUCAAAGAAAAAGUAGUGUUCAUUCUAGAAGGUUUAAUAUGUGCUUUCUUUCCCUCCUUAAUUUCUAAAGCAAAACACUCACCUCUGCCACCUCAAAUUUUAUUUCCAAAGGAUAAAGGUGUAAUAGAAGUGGAGCUUGGUGCUGCUCUGUCUCUGAAAUGUCAGGCCCGCCUGGGGAUUAAGAAACAGCCAAUAGCUGUUGUCACAUGGGAUGUGGAUAACAUCCCAGUGAAAUACUCAGAUUUUUCAAGAUUUCAUGAAGAAACUCAUUUUUUUGAAGGACGUGAGCAAGAGUAUUACAGAGAGACCACUUUGCAUAUUACUGAAAUAAGAAAGGAGGAUCUGCAGACAAAUUUCACAUGUGUUGCAGUGAAUGAAAUGCACAACACAAAAGCCACAGUGACAUUACAACUCAAAGCACAAUUGGGUCUUCCUAACGUCAUCUUGAUCGUAGGAUCUCUAGUUCUGCUGGUUGCAAUAGCAGUCUCUGUUAUGCUUUAUCAGUCCUUCCGAGUUGAUAUCGUCCUAUUGUAUCGGGAGAUAUUUCAGCCCUACUCAGUCAAGGAUGAUGGGAAGAUAUAUGAUGCAUAUGUUAUCUACCCAAAAAGCCACACCAAUGAAGCUAAUUUUGUGGAAUAUUUUGUUUACCAAAUCAUGCCAGAUAUUCUAGAAAAUAAAUGUGGAUAUAAACUGUGUAUUUAUGGGAGAGAUAUAUAUCCUGGAGAAGAUACAGCCAGUGCAAUUGAGAAGAGGAUGCAAAAGAGCAGACGUCUGAUCAUCCUUCUAACAUGCCAGCUGAUUAAUUGUAAGGAACAUGCUUAUGAUCAACACAUUGCUUUAUACAAUGCUCUCAUUCAAAAUGAUACAAAGGUGAUCCUUCUGGAAAUGGAGACAAUUGGGACUUAUGAGAAGCUUCAGGAAUCUCUUAGGUUUAUUGUUAAGAGGCAAGGUACCAUCAAAUGGAAAGAGCAGCACACUGUGCACCCACAGUCAUCCAAUUCUAAGUUCUGGAAACAGGUGAGGUACCACAUGCCACGGACACUCAGGUCCUCAUACUCAGCUAACACUGGGUGAACAGUCUAUGAAAAUACUGUUACACCACUAGGGUGGACCACAUGCCUGCAGCUCUUUAUCAUUUCAGUAUGUACAUCAUUAUACAGUCUGGAAGUCUGACCAUUUCUGAACUUUUUUCAGUCCUUCAACUGAGUAAUGAUACAGUAAACUGAUGGAAGAGGUCUGGGGAACUGAGAGAAGUUUUUAUAGGUAUGGAAUUUCUGUCAAUAAAUCAUUCUAGGCUGCGUGCAGAAUUUUGCAUGACACAGGAAACAAAAUGUACCUAUGCUCUUAGUAUAUAUAGUUGUACCUGUAGCUGAAAGUUAUGAUUCUGUAUAGCUGAAUGCCUUGCAGGUUUGCUUUACCUUUCUAAUGCAGUUGAUAAAUACCUUCUGUAUUAUUUGAAUAGAAAGCAUAAUGUGUAUUCUGCAACUAGAAAAUAUAAUGUUCUGCUUUUGGGGUUUGGUUUUUUUUUUCACCACUUAUUCUUUCUUGAUUCAAUAAUAAUAC